GCCGUAAGAGCCUUCUGCUUUUGCUGACCAUCUGCUCUCGACGAUCACCUUCUUUGCUAUCUUUACGAUCUCGCCAGCCCGAAAAUGAUGAGCUCGACGCUGAUGAUCCUCGUAUCCGUGACGACCAUGGCAGUCCUUUCCGGCGAAGCUCUCACUGGAUCGCCCGGUAUUCCGUGCAACCCAGGAUUUCUUGACGAGCUUCCGCCCAGACUCCGUAAAAUCUGCAUGGCCUUUGCCAGAAUAUGGGACGUUAGGGACAUGAAUGACUUCAUCGAUGACAGAGAAUAUCGGGAGAACUUACCGCGGUACGACAGCGCUGUCAAGAGGCAAGACGUCGAUCAUGUUUUCUUGCGCUUUGGAAAACGACGUUAGAACCAGGCAUCACACUCUGCUCUCUAUUCGCAAGCGAUAAACGAUUUGAAUUAUCCUUAAGUUUCUCAUUCGAUCAUCCCGUCGUCGAGAGAACUCAACGCGUCUACUGAAAAUGUAAAAAAAAAA